CCAAUGAAAGAGGAGUCCACUGACACGCGGACUGUUUAUUUUCUGGAAGAAGAGUUCAGUUUCAUUCACAAACUGUAUGAACCAGACAGUACAGAGCGCGAGGAUUUAUUUAUUACGUUUUUGUCUGCAACUAUCAUUAAUUAUACGACCCACAGACAUGGAUCUUCAUCGGGCAAAGAAGUGUUUUUCUGUGGAAGAAGUUUUACAAGAGUUAACUGAAAGCAGCGAUCAAAAGAAAAGCCGUGAGAAGGAGGAAGAAUUCAGUGAUGAUGAGGAUGGACUGAGUGAUGAAGAAAGCACCAGUGAUGAUGAAAGCACCAGUAAUGAUGAAAGCCCAAGUGAUGAUGAAAGCACCAAUGAUGAAGACAGCACCAGUGAUGAAGAGCAUGAUUACAGUGAUAAAGAGGAUGGAUUCAGUUAUGAUGAGGAUGAGGAUAUUCAGUGAUGAUGAAUUCAGUUAUGAGGAGGAUGAGGGAGACACUGACGAAGAAGAAGAAAUUGUAGCUCGUUUGGGUUCUCAUGCUGAGGAUCCAGAGGCCUGCAAACAACCUAAAAAGAGACCCCGUCUGUCAAACUCUUCAUUUUUCAACUACAGCAGUGAUGGAGUCAAAAGAAGAAAGACAACAUUAUUAUUUGCUUGUUCCUUUGGCACGUCAGAAGAUGAAGAUGUCUUUAAGCCAGCGAGGACUCCAGGACCACAGCUGACAUCCACAGCAUCAUACAGCCCACUGCAGUUAUUCCAGCUGUUUAUAUCUGACUCAAUGUUGGAGACGGUGGUUGCGAAUACAAACGCUUAUGGGGCUGAGCAUCAACUGGACGAGAAGCCCUUCAUAAACAUUUCUUUGAAUGACCUGUACUCGUAUGUGACAAUGCUUUUAUUUAUAGGAUUGUCAAAGUGUUUUUCACUGAGGGACUUCUGGAGGAAGACUAAAAUUCACCAUCCUGAUUUUCCUUUCAAAGUCAUGACUUUGGAGAAAUAUUCAUACAUCGAGUCUACAUUUCAUCUCAGUGACCCCAAGACAGAUGCUGAGAAUGACACAAAGAGAGGAACAUCUGCCUAUGACAGCCUUUGUAAAAUCAAACCGAUGUAUCUGCAACUGAGAGAUGCAUGCAAGACCAACUUCCAUCCUCACCAGAACAUCGCUGUUAAUGAGUGGCUGGUAGAGAAAGACAACGGCUGGAAUAAAUGCUUGAAAUACAAAGCAAAUAAGGUCGGAUGCAAACUGUUUGGGUUGUCUGACGCGCUGUGUGGUUACACCUGGGAUUUCUUUAUAUGUAAGGGUACAAAACCUGCAGCACAGAGCAAAGGUGAAAGCUAUGAGUCUGUCAUGACCCUGAUGGGGGAAAAGUUGGGAGGAGGCUACAAACUCCACAUCGACAGCAUUCACAACAGUCAAGAACUGAUCAGAGACCUCCAAGAAAACAACAUAAAGACCUGUGUGCCAGCUCCAUCCAACAUGAAACAAAUCAACAAGUUUCAUGGAAAUACAGAUACUCUAUUGAGCAAUUACACAGUCACUAAGAAGACCACAAAGUGGUACCGGUCCUUAUUUUACCACUUUGUGAAUAUAGCUGUUGUGAACGCCUUCAGUAUUCACAGUCAGAUGGCCCAGAUGAAGAAUCAGAAGCCAAUGACACACAAGGGUUUCCGGGAGGCUCUUAUCAUGGAACUGGCUGACUUUGUGUCUCUUAAUAGAAACGUUCCUCCAUGUCCUCCUGUUCAUGAUUUGCACUUGAUAACGUACAUCACACCGGACGGCACAAACGGUCAGUGCAAACUUUGUAAGCAAAAGACUCAGAUUAUGUGUCGAAAGUGUGAUGUGGCGUUGUGCUUGCAUCCGACACGUAACUGCUUCAGAGACUGGCACCUUCAAAAGAAGUGCGUGUAAUGCUAUAUUCUUGUUUUAAUUUAGUUUUAAGUACUUCGUAAACGGGUCUUUGUUUUUUUUUUCUGAAAAAGCUUUGACACUGUAAAUACAGAAUAUUAUUGCAAUCUUUUUAUUCAUAUGUAAUUGUGUGUGAGCUGUGUUUGAAGUCUCCAAGUGACCAUUUUUGGAAUUUUCUCUAAAAGUUUCUUGAUUUUAAAACACAACUUUGUACUACUUGUGACUUUAAAUUUAGUCUAUUUGGUUUCCUGUGGCACAUUUAUAUUUUUUUUUAUUAAAACUAUGCAAAGAAAUUUAGUUUUCCAAACUAUGGCAUCCAUUUUUUUUUUUUUUGGACAAAUAAGUCCCAAGUGUCAUCUUUAAGAAUAUUAGGAAUGUUCAUGAAUGGUGUAUUGAUCUGUUCACGUAGUUUUUAUGAUUUAUGCUUAAAUCGGGGGUGUUUCAAUAGUCACUGAUCAUACAUGUCCAGGUAAAACAAGCUAAAAUGUGUUUAAAAGAUCAAUUAAAGAAAGUUUAUUCAUGUUCAAUUACCCAUUUAAGUAGAUUUUUUUCAACAGGCGUAAACUUUGAUGGGUUGUUAAAUCCUCUUAUAACUUCUUUUUUGAGCGUUGAGGGUUGCAAAAAAAGUAAAAAAGAAAAAAAUCUGAACCAAAAGGAUAAAUGUAGUUGGUAAUGUGUAACAUUUAAACCUCUGAAUGUGUAAACGGGUGUCUGCAUUAUUUGGUGUAAAUUGUUGGGUAAAAGAGGUAAUGCAAAACUACAAACCCUGUAAAAAUUGAAAAGUAUUGUCAGUAAAUAAAUCUGAAUAUGAAAGUGUG